ACAACUUGAUCAUCUGAAAAUCUGCCUGAAAAUUUGAUGUGAUGAAUUUCAGUGAACAUUGCAUGAAAAUUGCUUUUUCAAUUUGUGACUGUAAUUUGAAUUGAAAUGACGAAAUAUUGAAUUCAGAUAAUUAGUACAAUAUUAAAAAAAUGUUGCGAUGGAUUGAAGAUAUCAAAAGUUAAUGAGUAUCAUAAAGAUGAGAAAUCUCUUCAUAAUACAUUUCAGAAGUUGUUAAACUUUUAAGUAUUUAUACUACUAUUUGUAUUGUUCAAUUAAAUUACAGUUAAUUAACAUAAGUACCUAUUUUAAAGUACUAAAUUUAACUAUUUUCAUUUUAUUAUAAAGUGAUGUAAUACGCUCGGCAGUCGAUAGUUUUCAACAAAACUUUGCACUUUGAAGUUCGGUUGCACGUGAGCUGAUGCUUAAAGAAGGCAAUUGUACUUAUUAUAUUCACGACAGAGAUCUGUAAUGGACCGUAUAAGGUGAGGUGAGGAUGGCGUGGCCAGGCAGAGGACGUGCCUCUGGCGACGCCACGCUACCGCCGGCGCACUAUGACCACAGAUUCUAUGGCACUGACACCUAGCAGGCUUGAGGAGGAGACAGCGCGGUCACCUUGCUUGAGUGAAAACGAAAACAUCUCGGCAAAAAUGUUGGCGACAAAAAGACGCGUCCUGCUGGACGUGCUCAUGGCGUGCUGGGGGAUGGGCACGUGGCUCGGCAUCAACGGUCUCUACGUGCAGUUGCCGCUGCUUGUGGAGAGGCUUCCCGAAGGCUGGGCUCUGCCCGCUUCGAUGACUGUAGCCGUUCAAAUUGCGAACAUCGGUCUCCUGCUUUACGCUCUAUUCAGGCGAAUAUUUACUAUGGUUAAGGAUGCAGCCUAUAUAUAUGCAUUACUAAUAAUUGGUGCCUUAGCUUUAUUACUUAACGCGUUCCUAUACACAGAGACAGCAAUGGUCGGUCAGACAGAGCGAUCCGUAGCGUUUCUAUCGUUAACUUUCUUCGCCGGCCUCGUCGGAUGCACUAGUUCAGUAUUGUUUUACCCGUACUUAAGAUACUUCCGGGAUAUUUACUUAGCUACGUACUUAGUUGGCGAGGGAUUGAGCGGGUUUAUACCGAGCAUCUUGUCGCUCAUACAGGGCGUCGGCGGGGAGCCAGAGUGCGUCCCCUAUGGCGAUAAUUCCACUAUACCCAUAUAUCCGCCUGCAAGGUUCGACUCAACAGUCUUCAUGCUCAUACUUGCAGUCCUCGCUAUUAUUAGUUUCGUAAGUUUCACAAUUAUAGAUAGCACAAAAAUUUUCGAGUCGGAAAGGGUGUCACCGACUGCGGCAGUGAAAGAUGAAGAAGCAGUGCAGCAGUUUUCAUUGUCGCAUCCGAAAUGGCUGUCGACUCUUUUACUGAUGGCAUGUUUGAACGCGCUGUCGAACGGCGUGCUGCCAUCGAUACAGUCCUACUCAUGUAUGCCAUAUGGGACGCGGGCGUACCACUUGGCAGUGGCCCUGGGAACGAGCGCAAAUCCCAUGGCAUGUUUAGCUGGUGUGUGGUUGCGGCCGGUGCCAGCCAAGGCGCUCGCAGCGAUGUUGUCGGUAGCCGUGGUGCCGUUCACCUUCAUCCUGACCACAGCUCUGAUGAGCCCGUCACCGCCACUGCAGCAUCAGGCCGGGGGUGAAGCAUUAGUUGUAUUGUCAUGGGUGUGCGUGCUGGCCAUAGUUUCAUACGCCAGGAUGUGGGUAUACGGGUGGGCACGUGCGGGCGGAGCUCGUGGCAUGCGUGCUUGCGGCGUGUCCACGCAGAUCGGGUCCGCUCUCGGCUCGCUGCUUUUAUUCUCACUCGUCAACUAUACCAGCUUGUUCACGCAACCCGAUGUCUGCCCCACUGUUAUAAUGGAUAUUAAUUUCAUAUUCACGUUUUUUGCAACCAAAAAUAUUGAGUUUUUGUCUAUGUUUCUAUGUUGGUCUCCAGCUGAUAUAUUGAAGUUGUAUCAUGAGGCUUCUCGGUGGGGCUUCAGAUUGCGUAUUGGAAACUUGGAAAAGGUGCCGGAACUACCAGCUUAUGAUAUAUACCGCGAAGGCGUCUUUCUGGACGUUGGCUGCCAUAAUUUCGAUCACUUAUUAAAUGAAGCAUCGGCUACACGUGCGUUCAAUCAUCGUUACACUUGGCUUCUCUUCCACGAUUCUCCUUACAACAAAUCUACUGUGGAAAAAAAUCUUAUCAACUCUACCAUCCUACCUGAUGCUGACGUCAUUUGGUCCACUCCUGACGCGAUGGUAGACGUAUACAAGGUUAAAGAAGAUCUACCACUCAUAACUACAGACUUGGGACUGGAGAAAACACGUGACCUAAUGGAAUUAAAGACAGUAUGGUCGCAACAACCAACUGCUGUUACUAGAAGAAGGGAUCUCGGGAACAUAUUCUUGAAAUCUGCUACAUUAAUAUCUCAGCCACAGCAUUUUAAGGGUUGGUCUGAUUUAACGAAACGUCACAUCGACACUUUUCCUAAAUUAACUUAUCCCAUAAUGAACUUGUGUGCUGAAGACCUGCAUUUUAGACAUAACAUGAAGCAGGUAGACUUGUAUGGAGAGGAGCGUAACGGCACAUUCAAUGGCCUCGCAGGGUUGUUGCAGCGUAAUGACGUAGAGAUCGGGAUCACGUCUAUGUUCAUGCGCCAGGAUCGCUUGAGAAUACUGCACUACUGCUCCGAGACGGCGGAGUUGAGGGGUGCAUUCAUAUUUCGCCAGCCAUCCCAGUCGGCUGUAUCGAACGUCUUCCUUCUGCCGUUCAGCGACGGCGUGUGGUGGGCCAGCUUUGCAAUGACAAUGGCAAUGGCCGCACUUCUAGCCGCGCUUGGGUACACUCUACACAAGGCGGACCCUGAACUCGCACUGCUUACGCCGUUCGAAGCGUUGUCUUUUGCAAUUGGAACCGCAUGCCAACAGGGUUUUUACAGAACACCAAACCUGAUGUCUGCACGGUUGGUAAUGUUCUGCUCGUUGCUGAUGGCGCUAUUCACCUUCACCGCGUACUCUGCCAAAAUAGUGGUCAUACUGCAGACGCCCAGUGAUGCUAUACAGACCAUCAGUGACUUAGCCAAAUCUCCAAUGACUCUCGGCGUCCAGGAGACCACAUAUAAACGGGUAUAUUUUGCUGAGAGCUCAGAUCCUGCAACGAUAGAUUUGUACCGUCGCAAGCUGCUGCCGAAUGGUGAUCGCGCCUACCUCAGCGUCGACGAUGGUAUUGCGCGAAUGCGUACUGGACUCUUUGCCUUUCAGGUGGAACAAAGUUCAGGGUACGAUAUAAUCAGCAAGACAUUCACUGAACGAGAGAAAUGUGGCUUGAAGGAAGUACAAGCCUUCCGAUUACCCAUGGUCAGCGUUCCUAUCCGGAAACACUCAGGUUACAGGGACCUAUUGGCUUCCAGAUUACGGUGGCAACGAGAGGUGGGUUUGAUAAAUCGCGAGCAGCGUCACUGGCUGGCGGAGCGACCGCGGUGUGAUGCUGCGGGCGCUGGUUUUCUAAGCGUUGGGAUCGCAGAUAUCCUACCCGCCAUCCAGGUGUUAAGCGCGGGCGCUCUUAUAUCUGUAUUGUUGUUACUAUCCGAAAUAGUAAAUUACAAAAUGCGACGUACAGGUAUGAAGAACAUUCAAAAUUGUUUUAAUAUAUGCCAUUUUAGAAAAAAUACGACUUCAGGAGUUUGUAUGUGUAGACAGUUAUCUACGAAACCACUGAACAUAUUUUCAAAAUGGUUUUUAAAUUUUCAAGUCAAAUCCUAAGUUUUAAAUUUUAAAUAGAUUUUUCAAUACAACAUGCAAAUUGUGUAAAAAUUAGGUCAUACAUGUAUAAGCUGCGACUUUGUCUACUUUCUUUUAGGUAAAAGA